UAUCUGGCACUCCCAGUCAGUUUCCCAUACCUCACACAGCUAGGAUUCUGCUGUUCCAAAAUGGGUGUUUUCCUGAAAUUUAUAAAGUGUGCUUUUAUUACUUUAUUUCUUGUCACAAUAUUCACUGAAGAAGUGGAAGCCAGAAGAAAGAUUCUAAAAGGAAGAAAAACUAUCACAAGGGAAUACUACAAGCCGUCGCUCCUCCCCUCGUGGGCCAAUGUGCUGCUACUGGGGGUAGGGUUCCUCAUCGUGGGUGUCAUCCUCUACAUUGCAUUGGCAAAGUUUAUACUUGGGUCUACAACCGGCAUAUUCAUGAUGGACAAUGAGGUUUAGCAUGUCCAUAAAUAAAACUAACAAACAAAAUUAUGUGAUUUUUGUAACUACUGUAUUUGUAUUUGAUAUAAGUUAGGUUAUAUAAAUGUAAAUGGCUAAAGGAAAA